GAACGAAGAAUGCAUACGUGGGAUGUGGGAGUUAUGAUAAGUUCGCAGGUUCUAUUCUUUGUUUGCGGAUGGUUGUUUUUCAUGAAGCAGCUUUUCAAAAAUUAUGAGGUGCAUAAUAGAGUCGUGCAACUUGUUUUUUCUAUAACUUUUGCAUUGUCUUGUACAAUGUUCGAGCUUAUAAUUUUUGAGAUUAUGGACGUAAUGGACUUCGAAUCGCGUUUUGCCUCUUGGAAGUUGUGUCUCUCUGCUAUUCUUAUCACUUUGAUUGUAGCCCUCCCACUUUACAUGGCAUACACACUUUUAAAGAGCUUUAGCUUCUUAAGACAACGGCUCCUGACACCGUUAACGACCCUCUUGUGGAUUGUUUUCAUCUAUUUCUUUUGGAAAAUCGGCGAUCCCUUCCCUAUCUUGAGUGCAAAACAUGGAAUUUUUACCAUCGAACAAGCCAUUUCUCGGAUCGGUGUGAUCGGAGUCACUGUGAUGGCUGUUCUUUCUGGUUUUGGAGCUGUUAAUGCCCCUUAUGUCUAUAUGACAGUGUUCAUGAGAAAGGUAGACCAGCAUGCGAUUUCUCAAAUGGAAAAGAAAUUAAUGCAUACCAUGGAAAUGAUUGCUAUAAAAAAACGUAAAGUUGCGCAACAUGAGAAAGAGCUUGCUCUCAGCGCAUUCUCACGAGGAAGAGAUGAACAUGCAGGUUUUUUGCACAGGAUUUGGGGAACAGUAUCAAAUGCUAAAUUUGGUGGCACGCUAAAUGAUCAAAUCAGGUUAGUUACGUAA